UUAUAUCAAAAUCAUCCAUUCCUAUCAGUGCUCUAAAGUCAUCUAUUUUAUUUUUUAUACUUUUAGCAUUACCAUAGUAACAAUUAAGCCUGUUGUUAUAACUAAUCUGUACUCAUUUGUGGUUAUGUCAAUCUGAUUUCGGUGUUUAAUGUGCAAGGUCAUACUUAUUUAUAUCCUACACUUGUGCAAGUUUAACAAAACAUGUGCAUUGCAUGCUGAUAGGUGAAAAGAGUGAGUGUUAAUAUUAGUCAUCAGCAGGUAUUUAGUUAAACCAGUGCUGAUUUUAAUUUGACUUGAAAGGUUGACUGUUAGCCACAGCUGAAUAUUAUAUUAUGGUAUACUGGCAACAGGAUUACAUUUUCAUUUUUUUUUUAAGCAAAAGUGUUCUGGUGCCUUUUGAAUUGAAAAUAACAUAGAAUUCAGGUUCUGGUUCAGACCAGUAAAUUUUGGAUCAACAUAACAUUUGAGGGACAAAAAAAAGGCCUCUUGGAUCAUCAUGGCUGUUACAUUCAUUUCAGCAAAAUCCUAUCUGCUCAUAUUCAGUCUUAACUUCCAUAAUAUUUGUCAAUCUCUCUUGAACUCUCCCAGUCCCAUUUCAUUUAUUAUGUCUGAAGGAAAUAUAUUCCAAAAGCUAACCAUCCUCUUUAAAAAAUAAAAUUUCCUAAUUUGUAGAUUUCCAUCCUGCCAUAUCUUGUAUCUUUGUCCUAUAGUUCUAUCACUCUUAAUGAUGAAACAUGAAAAAAGAUGAUUCAUCAAUCCUGUCUAUUCCCUUGAUACUUUGAACACUUCGAUCAGAUCCCUCUCAAAACCUUUUUUCUCAAGUUAAAUUAAUCUUUAGGACCAUAACCUCUCCUUUUAUAGCACCCCCUCCCAUUGUAGGAAUAAUCCUAAUAGCCCUGCUUUGAACACUUUCCAACAACUCAAUAACUUUUUUUUUUAAAGUAAGAAGCCUAAGAUUGAACUCGAUACCCUAAAUGAGAACUGAGACCUAACCAUAGAUAACUACAAAGAAAUGAUAACCUCCUUUGACUUAUAUUCAAUAUUUGUAUAGAUACAAUCCAAAAUUCUGUUUGCUUUCCCAUAGGCAAUAGCAAACUGCCUGAAGGCUUAAUAGACUGAUUGACCAAGAUCCUUUCUUUUUCCAUAACACUAAUGAGUUGCUUUCCAUCAAGGUGAUAGUUAUAGUUUAAAGUAACCCACAUGCAUUGUCGUGAAUAUUAGCAUAAUUAAGUGCCACUUCUUUACAUAAUUUUCCAAGUGAUCCAGGUCUCUUCAUCAGUACUGCUAAUACACACACACACACACACACAGAUAUAUAUAUUUAUAUACACACGCACACACACAACCUUUUGUUUCCUUUUUUCUAACCAAUCCAUAGUCCAUUGAACUAACUUAUUCCCCACACUUAUAGAAAUUUUUGUUUUGCUAGUCUUUUAUGUGGCACUUUGUCAAAAGUCUUCCAAAAAUCAAGGUGCACCAAAUCCACACCCUUACCCUCAUCAACAUAAAGAAUAAAAUCUUUGAAGUAGGACAAAAGACUUGUGAUACAAGAUUUUUCCUGUUUCAAGACAUGUUAGCUGUCCAACAAAAUUGUAAACUUUUUUAGAUGGUUUUGUAAUAUUUCUUAUCAAUAGAUAAGUUUUUUAUGAACCAAUGCUUUCUCAUAGCCAAAUCAUGUAAGAAGCUAGCAUAAGACAUCACUAGUGUGAUAGUUGUAUAUCAUUCUGUUUUGCAGUUACUGAAAAAGUUAUUCACAACUUUUGAUCUGAUUACCAAGAUGCAAGUGAAAAAUAUUUUGUUAGUAUAUCUUUGAAUGUGCUUUAAUAAAGAAUCCCUUAAGAACCAAGUAAUAAGAUGUUCAAUAAUAUAUGCUUUCUACUUGGAAAUGAUACAUUUAAUGUUUCUCACUAAAGUAACUCAUUCUGUGCUUACAUUACCCUGUGAUAUUUGAAUAAGCUAUAACAUUGAUUUAAGUAAAUGAAUACCUGAAACUAACUAAGUAUUAUAUUUUCAUGUGUGCUGCUGAGGGGAAUUUCAAAAGGUGUGUCAAGCUGCUUCAUCAGAGACUUCAACUCAGCAAAAUCAGGACUUGCAGAAUGAUUUCUUCUCGCAUUGCAAGAGAAAAACCACAAGACAAGCUGCAAGAUAUGAAGAGUGAUGCAUUUAAAAUAUUUUUAGCAGGAGUGGAUGCUGUCAUGCCAAAAUCAUUUAUUACUAAAGCAUUGAAAGUGGAUAAUGAGAGACUUCUUGUUCAAGACUUUAGCUAUCAUAUAGCUAACAAUGUGUAUGUAGUUGGUUUUGGAAAAGCUGUUGCCGGAAUGGCUCGUGCAGUUGAAGACAUUAUCGGUCAUCAUCUGGUAGAAGGUGUUAUAAGUAUACCAGAAGGAACAACAGACAUAAUGAGUCAGAGUGGAAAAAGGGAUUUGCUGCCAGGUUCAGAUAGUAAAAUUUUAGUGCUGGAAGGUGCUAAGCAUAACCUGCCAGAUAAAAAUUCCAGUGUUGCUGCUGAUUGUAUAAUAAGUCUUGUCAAGAAGUUGAAAGCCACAGAUAUACUACUUGUUCUAAUAUCAGGGGGAGGAUCAGCACUUUUUCCUGCACCUGUUCCUCCUGUUACACUUGAUGAGAAAAUAGCUGUGAUAAAGCUACUCUCUACCAGAGGUGCUACAAUUCAGGAAAUGAACUCUGUACGUAAACAGCUAUCUGUCGUAAAAGGUGGAGGAUUGGCUGCAAUGGCAAAACCAGCUCAAGUUGUUUCGCUGAUUCUGUCUGAUAUUGUAGGAGAUCCAUUGGAUUUGAUUGCUAGUGGUCCAACAGUAAGGAACACAGAUGAUGCAUCAUAUCCAUUAGAAAUCUUAAAGAAAUACAAUAUUGAGAAUGAUGUACCACAAAGUGUAUUGUGUGUUUUAAAGAAGCCAAGAAAGGUUUAUGAAGAGAAAGAUCUUUAUCAUGUUCAGAAUUUUCUGAUUGGAACAAACAAACAAGCAUUGGAAGCAGCAAGAGCCACAGCAUUUCAGUGUAAUUAUCAUCCAUGUGUUCUGACAAUGUCCCUUCAGGGAGAGGCCAAAGUUGUUGGAUGGGCAAUGGCUUAUCUUGCUGUAAUGUGUCAAGAACUGAAUAAUCUCAAAAGAAUUGAAGAACCAGAAGUUGAGAAGUUGUGUACAGCUUUGUGUGUGAGUAAAUCAUCUUUAAUUGAACUUCUGACCACUCUAGAAACUCACAGAAAAGGAUUCUGUAUUAUAUGUGGAGGAGAAACCAUAGUCAAAGUAACUGGUCAAGGAAAGGGUGGACGUAACCAAGAAAUGGCUCUUGAGUAUUCUUUGCAGAAUUACUACCUAUCCAAUUCUCAGCUGUCAAGGUCAACAUCAGUGUUACUUAGUGCUGGUACUGAUGGGAUUGAUGGCCCUACAGAUGCAGCUGGGGCUUUUGGAUAUCAUGAAUUAAUCUUGAGGGCUUUAGAACAAGGUCUAGAUCCAGGCAAGUACCUAUCCAAUAAUGAUUCCUAUGGGUUCUAUUUGAAAUGUAAUGGAGGAAAUGAUCUUAUCAAGAUAGGGCAUACGGGAACAAAUGUAAUGGACAUUCAAGUGUUGCUUAUAAGAACAAUCCAAGACUAAAAUACUGAACACUCAAGAAAGCAUGAAGAUGUUAUUCCAAUUGGUAAAAAAAAAUGUAAUCAGGAAGACACUUCUUUUGGAAAUAGUACCAAAAGUUGCAUCCUAAUAGAGAAUUUAGUAACGAAUUUCAAAACUCAUCUAAUAUUUUUGUUGCAAAUGCUCGUGAAAAACAAUUUCUACAUGGUUAAGUAUGAGAUCUACAAAUAUGUUUAACCUUGAUAGAAAUCACAUACAUCAGUACAAAAAAACUUGUGUAUAUUAUCUUGUUUGCUCUGAUGAGAAUGGAAAAAUGUUAAAUAGAAAAACAGUACAAAAGCAUUGAAAUUUUUUGUAGUUUCAUUUUGUGUAUAUGUUUAUUAAGAAACAAGAAUUGUAUAGAAUUUCUCGUGUUAUAAAAUUGUAAAAGUUUACAGUCAUAGGUUUAGUUUUACUUUAGAACAAAAGUAGCUCAGAUUCAAAGAAAAUGCAGAGGAGAAGAAAGGAAAAAAUAAGAAAGACAAAGGUCCACAAUAUUUCAAAGUGGUAUGACAAGAAGACUAUCUUUUAACUACAAAAAAGGCCAACUAUUUUAUUUUUAUUUUGCUAUUAACAUACAAUGGCCAAUUAUCCACAAUAUGGUACUUUUAUGUAAGCCUAAUUACCUAUCCUAGAACUAGAACUACUCAAGAUAAUAAAAUGUUUGUACAACUA